UGUCUGCGGCGACAGAGAGUGCGUUGCUGCUGCUUUUGUGGCGGUGGCUGCUGGAGCUGGACCAUUACCCGGUCAGUACAAAAGGUUAAACUCUACAGAAGAAUGCAAUCAAGUGAUGGCUAAUUUUUUAGAAUUUGAAUAUGGAGGCCACAGGAACAGAUGAAGUCGACAAGCUGAAAACUAAAUUUAUAUCUGCUUGGAACAACAUGAAAUAUAGUUGGGUAUUGAAAACAAAGACAUAUUUUAGUAGAAAUUCCCCCGUUUUAUUGCUUGGAAAAUGUUACCAUUUUAAAUAUGAAGAUGAAAACAAACUGUUGCCUGCACGAUCAGGAAGCACAAUAGAAGAUCACGUAGUUGCAGGAAACGUCGAAGAAUUCCGUAAAGAUUUCAUUUCGAGAAUAUGGCUGACCUACAGGGAAGAAUUUCCUCAAAUCGAAGGCUCAGCUCUGACAACAGACUGUGGUUGGGGCUGUACGCUGAGGACUGGCCAGAUGCUCUUGGCUCAAGGACUCAUACUGCACUUCCUUGGCAGAGCUUGGACCUGGCCUGAAGCUUUGAACAUUGAAAAUUCAGACUCUGAUUCUUGGACUUCCCAAACUGUAAAAAAAUUGGCCGCAUCUUUUGAGGCAUCACUCUCCGAGGAAAGGGGACCAAAGAACCCCACCAUUUCUCGGAAGGAACCAAUUGGGAGAAACUCUGAUGAACGGGAAAUCCAAAACGAAAUGUAUCACAGGAGAAUUGUCUCCUGGUUUGGUGACUCCCCCUUGGCUCUCUUUGGUUUGCAUCAGCUCAUAGAAUAUGGGAAAAAGUCUGGCAAAAGAGCUGGAGAUUGGUACGGACCAGCUGUGGUAGCUCACAUUUUAAGAAAAGCAGUUGAAGAAGCAAGACACCCUGAUUUACAAGGACUAACAGUUUAUGUUGCACAAGACUGUACAGUUUACAGUUCUGAUGUAAUUGAAAGGCAGUGUCCCUCGAUGGCCUCUGAUAACAGAGAUGACAAAGCGGUUAUUAUUCUAGUUCCUGUCAGACUCGGUGGAGAAAGAACCAAUGUUGACUACUUGGAGUUUGUAAAGGGAAUUUUAAGCCUGGAAUAUUGUGUGGGGAUUAUAGGCGGCAAACCUAAACAGUCAUAUUACUUUGCCGGAUUUCAAGAUGACAGUUUGAUUUACAUGGAUCCUCAUUACUGCCAGUCUUUUGUAGAUGUCAGCAUAAAGGAUUUCCCUCUUGAGACAUUCCACUGUCCUUCUCCCAAAAAGAUGUCCUUCCGGAAAAUGGACCCAAGCUGCACUGUCGGAUUUUAUUGUCGGAAUGUUCAGGAUUUCUGGCGAGUUUCGGAAGAAAUCACUAAGAUGCUGAAAAUUUCUUCUAAGGAGAAAUAUCCCUUGUUUACAUUUGUGAACGGCCAUUCCAGAGACUAUGAUUUUACAUCGACUACCACCAGUGAAGAAGACCUUUUUUCAGAGGAAGAAAAGAAAAGGUUGAAACGAUUUAGCACGGAGGAAUUUGUUUUGCUUUAGAGACGCACCUUUUCGUUGGGUGAGAAGAACUCUUUUGAGGGGCGCAAAAAAAUGAAGAGAAACAUGUACUUGGAACUGGUUUAUUUUCACACAAAUAUUUAAUUUUAUAUGUUCUCUAAAAGAAGAACAUUUUAAAAUUAUACACGUUUUAAAGGUAUUUUUCUGAAUGAGAAAUGAUUUAAUGAAUCUUGAUUUCUAAUAAAUAUCAAAUGACUCUGGCUGAAUUUCUAUAUCCCUAAGGCUUGCUAAUGAUAACUCUACCUUAUCUGCUACACUGUCAGACUUCACAUUCUUAGGUCUGAAGCCACGAGUCGCUAAAAUGGGUUGUGAAUUGGAAUAAUCAAAUAAUCAAAUCAAAUAAUUCCAGAAUUGGAAUAAUCAAAGUUGUUUUCUUUAAAUACCAAUGAACCAGACAGACAGAAAAUGAAUCUUUAGUACUGCCUAGUGUCCUGAUUUUAAUGCCGCCAAAGCCAUAAUUUUUUUUGGGAUAUAUCUUGACCUAUUAUGUAGUAAGCAUUAUUGUGAUUGGCAUAGUUACAUCCAUAAGCACAAUUGUGAGUUCAGGAAAUUUUCGAAAAUAUGAUUUUAGAAUGGCUCCUCGUUUUGCUAGAUGUUGAAACUUCAUUGUGGAGUCAAUAUAAAAUACUGGUUUUCCCCAGAAAUUGAAUGUUGUUAUUGAUAAUAACAACCCAUUUGAUAUAUUCUAUCAAAUGGGGUAAGGCAAUUAUAAGACAGAGAAGUAUUUGUUCCCUAUCUCAAAAACGAAUUGGAUGGGAUCUAUCCUUUUUAUAUAGUUUUUAAAUCUCAAGCUCUAUCAAGAGGUCAAUCGAUGUUCCUCUGUGUGACCUUUGCUAUUUGUAUAAAUCAGUGUAGUGGUAUUAGAAGCUGAGGCCAUCUGUGAGGUAAGUCUGCCAUGUUUACAAUGUGUUAUUUGUAGGACAAUUUGUGGUAUAAAAAUAUGACUUAUAAUCAAGCCAGGGUUCUAAAAUAAAUGUUCUAAUAAAGA